GUGGACUGAGCUGCCUGUCAAUGAACUGAACGGAAGCAGGUGUUAAAGGUAGGAGGACAACAGACACAGUUAAAAUCCAUCCAGCAUGGCUCAGAAGCUGCUGAUAAUGGACACGGACUGUGGUAUUGAUGAUGCUCUGGCUAUCAUCGUCGCUCUCGCAGCUCCUGGUGUGAAGGUGUUGGCCAUCACCUGCUGCUUUGGUAACACCAAUGUGGAUAAUGUAUGUCAGAAUGUGAUGCGUGUUUUGACAGUCUGUCAGCAAACCCAGAUUCCAGUUUUUAAAGGGUCUGCUGGUGCUCUAAUUAGACCUGUGACAGGAUUUAAAGAUCACUUUGGCACAGAUGGACUUGGAGAUGUUCUGGAGAACUCUGAAGUUUGGAAAGGGCAGAUACAGAAGGAGCAUGCUGUUCAUGCUAUGAUAAGACUGGUGAAUGAAAACCAGGGAGAGGUAUCGCUCAUAGCUCUUGGUCCACUCACUAACUUGGCUUUGGCUGUUAGAUUAGAUCCCUCCCUCCCUCAGAAACUCAAGGAUCUGUACAUUAUGGGCGGUAACAUGGAAGGCAAGGGAAAUCUGACACCAUCCGCCGAGUUUAAUUUUAGUAUGGACGCUGAAUCAGCUCAUGUAGUUUUGGAGGAAUAUACCUGCUCAACAUGCAUCGCAACCUGGGAGUUCACAUGCAGAAACAAAUUAUCUUGGGAUUGUUUUGAAGAGCUGGUCAAUCAGGAUACAUCAGCUGCUCGAUUCAUUAAGAUGAUAACCUCCAAGUGCUGGGCCUACUCUCGAGAACCUCACAUCAACAACAAAGAUUUGCUCUUUGGGAACGGGUUUGUACCCUACGACGCCUUCGCUGUGGCAGCUUGUGUGGACAGCAGUGUGAUAACAGAGCAUUUACAGUGUGCCGUACGUGUGGAGGUACAAGGUCAGUUGGGACGAGGCAUGAUGGUUGUGGAUGCUGCCAAUACAUUGAAGAAAGGCAAUCUUGCCUUUGUAAUGAGGACAUGUGACCUUAAAAAGUUCAGCUUGAUGCUGAAAGCAGCUUUACAAAUAGCGUAGAAAUGCAACUUUGCAAUAGAUUUGUAUUGCAAGACCUCAAUCUUCAAAUGUAGGAUCCUUUGUGCUUUAAUGGCGCAACUUACUCUGUUCUGUUAAAGGGGUUAGUUCACCCAAAAACCAAUAUCAUUCCAAACCCAUAAGACUCUUGUUCAUUUUCAAAACACAAAAUGAAACCUAAGAGAUUUCUAUCCCUCCUUUGAAAGUCCAAACAACCAAAUCUUUGAUGCUUUCAAAAGUUUAUAAAGACAUCAUAAAAAAAAUCAAUCCAUUCACUGAUCACGGUUUAAAUGAGAAAAAAGAUGAGAUGAAACUCUAUUAAUCAUAUAAAGUGAUCAGGUCUCUUUUCAGAAGAAUUAGAUCAUACCUUUUAAUUUAUAUGAAUGUUUACAAUGUUUGUAACACUGUUUGAAUCAUUCAACUUUUGAUUGUGUGGUCAGAAAAAUGCUCAUUUGGGUUUAGAAAAUCUAGGUUUAGAAUGAGAUGGUGUGAGAAUGAUUUUUUUGUUUUUGGAUGAACUAUCCCUUCAAUCAAGUUUAAAUUCAGCCGGAAAUAAAAUGAGAAGUCAA